GUUGUAGAGGAAAAAGUUGUGCUUGACAACGCAUUGUGCACGUACAUGUAUACCUAUUACUCUGAGAACAAUUAGAUCUACAGUAUAUAUGCACAAAUAAUUGAUGCCUAGUUACAUGCUAUUAAAGGUGCAUGUUUAGACCUUGAAGGUUAGGAGUCUGGACACACCACCCACACACUGAGCCCACAUGUCCAUAUAUAUGUGUGGGAGUGUUAGGGUGUGUGAAAGAUAGUCAGCUAGGGGGAAUUUAAAAGUAGUAAUGUAGUGUCAGUAUUAUACAAUGACAUAUAAUUAGUAGACACUGCACAAACAUAUACACAACAAGGAUCAAAUGAAUGUGAUUAUUGUAUAAAAAGCAUUGAUAUGACCAGCAAAAUAUUUUAAAAGAAAGAAAUGGCUACAGGAGGAGAAGAGAGACUUGACCCAAUUUGGGUCGAAGCGCCUCCAAAUGAGUUGGUGUGUGCAAUCUGUAAAGAUGUGGCUACUGAACCUCAACAGCACGGGGGGCCACAAGGGUGUGGCAAAGUGUUCUGCACAACCUGCAUCACUCAAAGUCAACACACAAGACUAGGCAACACUUGUCCUUGCUGCAGGCAAACAUUAACAUUAUUUCAAGAUACAAAAAGUGCUCAACAAAUCAAUGCCCUUCAAGUGAGGUGCAAUAACCUUGACAAUGGUUGUGAGUGGACGGGGGAGCUUGGAAAUCUGGCAACACACUUUCGGUUAUGUGACUAUCGCCUAGUAUCUUGCCCCAAUGAGUGCGAUGACAAUGGCCAGAUUACUAAAUUAACCAAAAAAAAUCUUAAUGAUCAUCUCACCAACGACUGCCUAAGACGCCAGUAUCUGUGCCCACAUCACCAGGAUAGGGGGGAGUAUCAGGUGAUUGUUAAAAAGGUACAUAAGUGCCGAAACAAAUCAUGUAAGCAUAAAGGCCCUUGUAGUGAACUACAAUCCCAUUUGGAUGAAUGUGACUACGAGCCAGUACCCUGCAAAUAUGCAAAAUAUGGAUGCGAAAAAACACCUCAGCGAAAAGACCUAAAAAGACACGAGGAAACUGACAAACACGACGUAUCGAUACACGUGGUUGAGCAGCUAAAAGCAGAUUUAGAAAAUAAGAUACAAGCUCUAGAGGAUAGCUUACCCUCUCUGUGUGUGCAUGGGAUAGAGGCUGCAUGCACUGACGAGCAAGGAGCAGUAAUAACUGCUAUAGACUCUAAAGUAGCAGAGUUGAGAUUAGAAUUAGAGAGACACAUUACAGAAAUACGAACCGAACAACUACCCUCUCCACCCACCACAACAGCCCCCCAACCUGCUGCUACCCCUGCAUACGCUCCUCUCACAUGCAAAAUGACUGAGUACAGAACAUUUCAAGCUAAUGAACAGUUCGCUACCUUCCUUUUUUACACGUAUCGAAAAGGAUACAAGGUGUCUAUCAAUAUUGAUGCCAGUGGCUAUGGUGCUGGUGAGGGCACUCAUGUUUCAGUGUAUGCUCAUCUCAUGAAGGGAGACAAUGAUGAUUCCCUGUCCUGGCCGUUCACUGGAACAGUCACAGUCGAGCUACUCAACCAACUGGAGGACAAGAAACAUCAUAGCAAGAAAUUCAGAUUCUAUUGCAAUGCUGCAGCUGACGAAGAACACAUUGAAAUGGGUGGCAUAGAACAGUUCUUACCUCACUCUAAAGUACAGCAGCUCAGUAGCAGGUGGCGAAGAUGCCAGUAUCUUCAAGACGACAGUCUGAUCUUUCGGAUUUCAGUGGAUGUGGACAAUUAUAAGCCGUGGCUAGAGUGAACAGAAACAAACUAAACCAUAUAGUUUAGCGUUUAGUUUUAAUUGUGUGCUUACUAUAUAUAUUAAAAUGCUAGUGUUGUGUGCAUAUAUAUACUUUGUGAAUAGAAUGCUAUAAUUAUAACAUAAUUU